GCACAGCCCUGGCCCAUGCGCCUGCUGGGUCCUCCUAGCGCCGCAGCACCCAGGCCUGCGCGGCAUCUGGUGGCCAUCGGGUAAGGCUGGCUCAUGGAAAGAAAGAAUGAAUGCAGACUAUGUGCGGUGAAUAGAGGUCUCGGAUGCCAGCAGGCGUCCCAACCCAGCAGGAACUGGCUCAAUUCCCAGAAGAACGCAAUCAGCCCCCGAGGCAGGAAGGCCGGCUCCAGUGCAGGGCGCGCCGCCUGCGGGCUGCCCCGGGCCGGGGUCGACCAGAGGUUCCAGCGCAAGCGGCGGUAAUAGGAGCGCCAGGAGGACGUGAGGCUCUGUCUGCAGUCAGCAACUUGGAAUAUUCAGACUUCAGACCAGCAUCACGGAUUAUAACCCUCCGUAAAUCACCCGCAGCCCAGCUCCCAUCAAAAGCCAGCCUGAAAGACCCACGGACACGUGACUCCAGUGUUCUCAACAACAUCUUAAGAUCAAGUUGGUUUGCACAACGUUUGCAUCUACUUGGGACAAAGCAAGAACAAUAAGGGUAAAAAAGUGAAAAAAAAGAAAAAGAUCCCUGAGUAAUUGCAAAUGCUGGGACAGUUUACCACUCCAGGGUGAAGAGUCCGUACCAACAUGUCUGCCUCCUACAGGAAUAACGGGUCUGAGGAAGACCCAGAUUACCCUGACUAUUCAGGGUCUCAGAACUGUACGCAGGGGUAUUCGAAAACUCAGGGUUAUCCAGAUGUUCCAGGUCCUCUGAACAAUCCAGACUACCCUGGCACCAGGAGCAAUCCAUACUCUGUAGCCUCCAGAACACAUCCAGACUAUCCUGGGUCUCUGACAGAACCAAAUUAUCCUAGAUCUCUGAGUAAUCCAGACUAUUCUGGCACCAGAAGCUAUGCAUACUCUGCAGCCUCUAGAACAAGCCCAGACCAUCCUACCUCUCUACCAGAGCCAGAUUAUAGUGAAUUUCAGAGUCAUCCCUACCACCGAGCAUCAUCCAGCCAGCCAGACUACCCUGGAUCUCAACGAAAUCCUGAUUUUGCAGGCUCCAGUAGCAGUAGAAACUAUGCAGGCUCCAGAACACAUCCAGAUCAUUUUGGAUCCUUAGAACCAGACUACCCUGGAGCUCAGAGCAACUCUGAUCAUCCUGGACCCAGAGCCAAUUUGAACCAUCCAGGAUCCAGAAGGAAUCUAGAACAUACAAGUUUUAGAAUCAAUCCGUACGCAGACUCUCUGGGAAAGCCUGAUUAUCCAGGCACUGACAUUCAACCUAACUCUCCACCCUUUUUUGGGGAGCCAGACUAUCCUGGUGCUGAGGACAAUCAGAACUUGCCAAGCACUUGGAGAGAAACUGAUUAUUCAGAUGCUGAGGAUGAUCAUGAUUAUCGCUCUUCUGAGACCCCAAAGAUGACUAGGGGGGCGCUCAGCAGAACAUCUUCAGUCCAGCCCUCAUUUCAUCACAGGAGUGAUGGCCCCUUGGGCAACCUUUGGGGAGAGAACGAAGAUUACCCUGAAGGCAUUGAAAUGGCAUCCAUGGAGAUGGCACACUCAUAUGGCCACUCUCUGCCAGGUGUUCCUGGAAGUGGCUAUGUGAACCCUGCUUAUGUAGGCGAAAGUGAUUCUGUCCUUGCUUAUGGAAACCCACCAUUGUCUGAAUGUGAUUGGCACAAGUCACCCCAAGGACAGAAGUUAAUUGCAUCUCUUAUACCCAUGACAUCCAGAGACAGAAUUAAAGCCAUCAGGAACCAGCCAAAGACCAUGGAAGAGAAAAGGAACCUUAGGAAAAUAGUUGACAAAGAAAAAAGCAAACAGACCCGUCGUAUCCUUCAGCUCAAUUGCUGUAUUCAGUGUCUGAACUCCAUUUCCCGGGCUUAUCGGAGAUCCAAGAACAGCCUGUCGGAAAUUCUGAAUUCCAUCAGCCUGUGGCAGAAGACGCUGAAGAUCAUUGGAGGCAAGUUUGGAACCAGCGUCCUCUCCUAUUUCAACUUUCUGAGAUGGCUUUUGAAGUUCAGUAUUUUCUCAUUCGUCCUGAACUUCAGCUUCAUCAUAAUCCCUCAGUUUACCGUGGCCGAAAAGAACACCCUCCAGUUCACUGGGCUGGAGUUUUUCACUGGGGCGGGUUAUUUUAGGGACACAGUGAUGUACUAUGGCUUUUACACCAAUUCCACCAUCCAGCACGGGAGCAGCGGGGCAUCCUACAACAUGCAGCUGGCCUACAUCUUCACGAUCGGAGCAUGCUUGACCACCUGCUUCUUCAGUUUGCUGUUCAGCAUGGCCAAGUAUUUCCGGAACAACUUCAUUAAUCCCCACAUUUACUCUGGAGGGAUCAACAAGCUGAUCUUUUGCUGGGACUUCACUGUCACUCAUGAAAAAGCUGUGAAGCUAAAACAGAAGAAUCUUAGCACUGAGAUAAGGUUCCUGAAGACACACAGUAACCCUGGGGCGGUGCUGUUACUGCCUUUCGUUGUGUCCUGUAUUAAUCUGGCCGUGCCAUGCAUCUACUCCACGUUCAGGCUCGUGGAGAGGUACGAGAUGCCGCGGCAUGAAGUCUACGUUCUCCUGAUCCGAAACAUCUUUUUGAAAAUAUCAAUCAUUGGCAUUCUUUGUUACUAUUGGCUCAACACCGUGGCCCUGUCUGGUGAAGAGUGUUGGGAAACCCUCAUUGGCCAGGACAUCUACCGGCUCCUUCUGAUGGAUUUUGUGUUCUCUUUAGUCAAUUCCUUCCUGGGGGAGUUUCUGAGGAGAAUCAUUGGGAUGCACCUGAUCACAAGUCUUGGCCUUCAGGAGUUUGACAUUGCCAGGAACGUUCUAGAACUGAUCUAUGCCCAAACUCUGGUGUGGAUUGGAAUCUUCUUCUGCCCCCUGCUGCCCUUUAUCCAAAUGAUUAUGCUUUUCAUCAUGUUCUACUCCAAAAAUAUCAGCCUGAUGAUGAAUUUCCAGCCUCCGAGCAAAGCCUGGCGGGCUUCACAGAUGAUGACUUUCUUCAUCUUCUUGCUCUUUUUCCCGUCCUUCACCGGGGUCUUGUGCACCCUGGCCAUCACCAUCUGGAGAUUGAAGCCUUCAGCUGACUGUGGCCCUUUUCGAGGUCUGCCUUUCUUCAUUCACUCCAUCUACAGCUGGAUCGAUACCCUGAGUACACGGCCUGGCUACCUGUGGGUUGUUUGGAUCUAUCGGAACCUCAUUGGAAGUGUGCACUUCUUUUUCAUCCUCACCCUCAUUGUGCUAAUCAUCACCUAUCUUUACUGGCAGAUCACAGAGGGAAGGAAGAUUAUGAUAAGGCUGCUCCAUGAGCAGAUCAUUAAUGAGGGCAAAGAUAAAAUGUUCCUGAUAGAAAAAUUGAUCAAGCUGCAGGAUAUGGAGAAGAAAGCAAACCCCAGGUCACCCGUUCUGGAAAGGAGAGAGGUGGAGCAACAAGGCUCUUUGCAUUUGGGGGAACGUGAUAGCAGUCUUGACUUGCGAUUUAGAAGAUCAGUUCAAGAAGGUAAUCCAAGGGCCUGAUGACUGUUUUGGUAACGAGACACCAAUGAAAUAAGGAGAGGAGAUGAAAACGGAACAAUUUCUUCCAUGCCACCUGUGCCUUUACGAACUGCCCAGAAGAAAAUCCAAGCCUUUAGCCAGGAGUAGAAACUGACUACAGUGUAAAUAUCACAGUAAAACUGGGCAUUCCGUGCUAUUUUUAACACCUGGAUUGCUGAUUUUUCAAGACAAAAUACUUGGGGUUUUCCAGUAAAGAUUGUUGUAAUAUUGAAAUGAGCCUACAAAAACCUAGGAAGAGAUAACUGGGGAAUAAUGUAUUUUAUCUUUAAGAAAUGUGUGCAUGAAUGAUUGGUUCUUCGAAAUCUCUCCUGCCAGACUUGCCAGACCUGGCAAAGGUUUAGAAACUGUUGCUAAGAAAAGUGGUCCAUCCUGAAUAAACAUGUAAUCCUCCAGCAGGGAUAUCAAGCCUCUGAAUUGUAGAACCUGCAUUUAUUUGUGACUUUGAACUAAAGACAUCCUCCAUGUCCCAAAGGUGGAAUACAACCAGAGGUCUCAUCUCUGAACUUUCUUGCGUAUUGAUUACAUGAAUCUUUGGAGUCGGGGAUGGAGGAGGUUCUGCCCCUAUGAGGUGUUAUACAUGACCAUCAAAGUCCUAUGUCAGGCUAGUUUUGCACAGUGGCAGUACCGUAGCCAAUGAGAUUUAUCCAAGACGUGAUUAUUGCUAAUUGAAAAUUUUCCCAAUACCCCACCAUGAUGACUUGAAAUAUAAUCAACACUGGCAAUUUUUGACACUCUCUACGGAGACUGAAUAAGAAAAAAAAAAAGAAGAAAUUAGCUGGGUGUGACGGCUUAUGCCUGUAAUCCCAGCACUUUGGGAGGCUGAGGCAAGUGGAUCACUUAAUGUCAGGAGUUCAAGACCAGCCUGGCCAACAUGGUGAAACCCCGUCUCUACUAAAAAUAAAAAAAGUAGCUGGGUGUGGUGGUGCAUGUCUAUAAUCCCAGCUACUUGGGAGGCUGAGGCAGGAGAAUUGCUUGAACCUGGGAGGCAGAGGUUGCAGUGAGGUGAGAUUGUACCACUGCACUCCAGCCUGGGCAACAGAGUGAGACUCUGUCUCAAAAAAAUAAAUAAAUAAAUAAAGUCUUAUUCAAACC